CAUCCCUUACGUCACUUCUGAUCAGUGUACGUCAAACAUGGCGCUGCUACUAAGGACGUUGAUCCGUCAGGGAGUGUGUGUCUCCAGGCCGCAGUGCGGUGUCUUCUUCAGGCAUGCGGCUCCAAUGGGAACAACGGCAAAGGAGGAGAUGAACAAGUUUUGGGCCAAAAAUACCAGACUAAACCGACCCAUGUCUCCUCAUAUCACCAUCUACAAAUGGUCCGUCCCCAUGAUGAUGUCCAUCACACACAGAGGAACUGGAAUUGGCCUCAGUGGAGCUAUUUCCGCCUUCGCCCUGGCUGCUCUGGUAAUGCCUGGAAGUUACCCCCACUACCUGGAUCUGAUCCACUCGCUGUCCAUUGGCCCGUUCCUCAUCGGCUUGGCCAAGUUCGGCAUAGCCUUUCCCGUGUCUUUCCACACCUACAACGGGAUCCGCCAUUUGUGCUGGGAUAUUGGCAAAGGCUUCAAAAUCCCUGAGGUGUACCGCACGGGCUACACAGUGAUCGGCCUGUCAGUCAUCACCUCCAUCGCCGUCACUCUCCUCUGAGCUCAGCACCAGCAAGUCAAAGUGCAUUGUGGGAUUUUUUUUGUGUGUAUGUAUAUGUUUUGUUGUGGCAUCAGAGUAUUAAAUAAAGAAUUCUGUACAUAUA